GUAGAGUAUAAUUCUAAUUAAAUUCUCCUCUAGUCUGCUGGCUGACUUGUAAUUAAUCCCCUAACUUCCAUUCUGCUCCCUUCUCAUUCUUUUCAUAUGGAUCACAAUUACCCACAAUUCUAAACCUAUCCAACAUAACCCCCUCCCACCACCUUUCAAUGGCAACACAUCUUUCACUCAUCACUCCCUCAGGACGUGCUUUAUGUAUCAAUGAACCUAACCAAAAUAAACUUGCUGUUAGCCAUCCUUUUUACUGCUCUUAUGAUUGACCUUUUGAUGCUUUUGUGUCUCUUCUCUUUUCUUACCUUGUACCUUUCCUUCUUGUCCCUGUUCUGUGCAAUUAAUUUGGCUCUUUCUAUUCAAGAGUCGCUUUCUCUCUCUUUCUAAUGUGCAAUAGUGUAGUGUUCUUUAUCAUGAGAGUUUUAAGGGAGAUACUGGUGCUAAAUGAGAUUCACACCAGUCAUUCGUGUCCGCACCAUGCGAAAAUACAUUACAAGGUAAAUGUUUGGUGAUGUGAAAAAUAAGCUUCUAACAUGUUGCUACUUAAGGACUACAACUCCCACAUGUAUGAUAAUUUAUGUGCAUGAGGGAUCAGACAAUCAUUGUAGUCCUUAAGCAACAACUUGCUCCCAACCAACUUCUUUAAAAAAUUAUUUAAAUUGUAGAACAAAAUGUGUAAUUUUAAGUUGAAAAUGUAUCCAUGUGAAAUUCCAAAUGGCAUUCAUAGCUAACUAAAUUUUUGCGUUUUGGUUUAUAGACAUAUUUUCAUGCUGUUCCACCUGUUUUUAAGUGGAAUAAUUUAUUUAUAAAAUUUGUACGAUUGAUAGAUUUUUAUAUAUAUAUAUAUAUAUAUAUGCCAUUAUAUGGCAUUGAAUAUUAAUACAUAAUGGCAAAAAGAUUACUCAGUGGAGUAAAACAAAUUGGCGCCAAAACGUGUUCUGCUCUGUGACGUGGACGGAAUGAAGUGGAGAGAGCUCUGCGCGAGCCUAUGGCUGCAAAGUUCUACUGUUAGAACGAUGGGCGGGGCCUGGAGAUGUCAUUCAACCAGUGACUGACUGACUGAAAACUACAAACGUGCACCUGAGUUUUACUGUGUAUAAUGGCAGAAGCAGGUGAACCAGUACUUUUCACUAAAGUAACGGUUUAUUCUCUACUCGCGUGUGUGGCUCAAUUUGCUGUCGGGUUUGCUUUCGCGCAAAAAUGGGGGAAUAAAUGUUCAGCUAUUGAUCGGUGGGUCCUCGUGUGGUUAUUUUACGACGCAAUAGUUCAUUUUACACUGGAGGGACCCUUCGUCUACAUGUCACUUGUUGGAAAUGUAGCAACUUCUGACAAUCUAUUGGCAGAACUAUGGAAAGAAUAUGGCAAGGCAGAUGAGCGCUGGUUAUACUCAGACCCGACAAUAGUAUCUCUAGAGCUUCUGACAGUGGUUUUAGAUGGUUCUUUGGCCCUGCUUCUGGUCUAUGCCAUCAUUAAAGACAAACACUACAGGCACUUUGUUCAGAUCACGCUGUGUGUGUGCGAGUUGUACGGGGGCUGGAUGACCUUCUGUCCAGACUGGCUAAUCGGAAGCCCGAAUCUGAACACCAGCAGCUGGCUGUACCUGUGGGUCUACCUGGUGUUCUUCAAUGGGAUCUGGGUGGUGGUGCCUGGACUCCUCCUCUGGCAGUCAUGGAGGGAUUUAAAAAGAAUGCAUCAGUAUCCAAAGAAGAAGAACAGAUAAACUCAGAAGAAGUCUGAAAAUUAGUAAUUAACUGUAUAAUUAUUGCAGUUAUAAUUAGCCUUUUAAACUCAACAGAAUGAGAUGUAGAGAGGGUGUGAUGCAGUUGAUUAUUAUACACAUUUAUUGCGUACACAGGGGAACGGUUGUUAAGCGUAUCUUUGCAUAAUUGCAGUGGUAAAGACACAAAGGAAGCUCACACCAAACUACUGACUCAUAGAAACUACUAUCUGCAUUCCUGUCUAUGACACCUAAUACUGAAUGCCUUGUCACAGCAGCUCUUUUACAUCAAUUUUGGGUCAUGUUUCCCUGCUAAUCCUCCUAACCAAACUACCUUAUCCAGAUGACUAUAAAUAGUUUUGUCAUUUUAUGUUUCAUCACACCCGUUUACUUCUCCUUAAUAUAAGGAUGAAUCAUGUUUCUUUUUACACAGAUUGUGCUAUUGAGUUGGCUGUUUUUCUUGCCAAGUUAUGACAACAUAAUAGGCUGACCUGUUAUAUUUUGGCCAUAGUCAGUUAUAUGCAGGUCUGACCAAGAAAAAAGUUAAAGGAAAUACUUCAUUGUAAUUUCAUAUGCUAAUCUGCUGCACAAUUUAGGCACUGUAAUUUCACUACAGCUUCAUGUGUAAAUAAUAAUGCAAUUAUUAUAUUUAAUAAGAAAUAGUUUGCAAUAAGGUUCCAUUUGUUAAAAUUAGUUAACUACAUUAGUUAACAUAUGUCUAAAACAUUUAUUAAUCUGAUAUAAUGUUAAUUAAAGCUUCUUUUUUUUUUCGGUUAAAAAUGAUCAAAAAUCAAUUUGAGCAAGUACAUUACCAGCCAGUGAUCUCCUUACCUUAGCCUGAUUCACAACGGUAAGCUUGUCAUAAUGUUUUCUAAUCUGAGUGGUACUGGUGGGUUUCCGUGGGAAAUUCAAGCAUGCCGCAGUCUUUGCGUCAUUACGUCAUGUCUGUAAACAGAAAGAAAUCACAUUGAUGGCAGAUUGUAUGGUAUGACAAAUUAAUGUUAGUGAUUAGACUGUACAGAAAUUUAAAUCUACAGGUAACGCCAAUACACACUAAAUACACAUAGUCAUGAUGUUAACAUUAACAAUUUGAGAACCAAGUAUAACAAUAAUAAUAAUUUGCACAAUUUGAUGCGAUAUGAGCUAAGCGAUCGUUAGAUUUAAUCACCUUUGGUAGCGCGAUUUAUUGUAAUGCGCUUUUCCCCCCUCAGUUGGUCAGAACAAAAGUGGCAGACGUGUUACUUGUUCAGAUGACAUUUUCCGGUGAAAAUUCUUAUUUUGGGUAUACUUCAAGACUACAAUCUGUGAUUCCGACAGCCACACAUUCUCCUCAAAAUAUUAGAUUCAUCCGCGCUGAGGAGCCCUGCCGAUGCACAACCAGAGCUGGGUAGAUUACUUAUGAAUUGUAAUCAGUUACUGAUUACAAAUUACAUGACAAAAUUUGUAAUUUGUAAUCCGUAAUAUAAUCUCUUAGAUUACAUUUUUGGUAACAUAAUCUGACUACUUUUGGAUUACAUUUAGAUUACUUUUGUGCUAACCCUUAUUUGAUGUCACACAUAUUGUAGGAUAAUUUUGCACUAUUUUGACAGAUACAAAGAAAAAAUAUAGUCCAAAAAAGUAUAUUCUAUUCGCCAACAAGUGCCUCAACAGAUUCUUUUUAAACUGCAAUGUAUGGACAGUUAAUACUUCAAAAUACUAACACUAAUGUACCUGUUAGUGUUUGCUGAUAGUAACACUAAAUAAAACAAAAUCACAUCUUAUGAUUUUAAAACAUUUACUUAAAAUUAAGUAAAUUUAGAAAACGGCAACAUUACAAAAACAAAUAUUCUUGUUGUUGCUGAUUUCUGUGCACAAUUCCACACCCCUCCCUCACCACCGGAAAAACUUGAAGAAUCACGAACGUAUAUAAGUGGCAGGUUUAUUAUGAAAAAAAUAUAAAUGUUAAAAAAAAAAAUGAAAAAUUAGGAGAAUCAAUGAAUUGUGAACAACUUACUGCCAUUGUGUAAAGAAUAUGUAAUCAUGUAAUCCAUAAAGUAACUGUAAUCUGAUUACGAUUAUUUUAAAAAGUAGUUAACUCUAAUUACAAGUACUUUAUUUUUGGAGUCUGAUUACGUAAUCCAGUUCUACCCAGCUCUGUGCACAACCCACAUAAAGAUAAUUCCACAAAUAACUGCAACUGCAGGUUUCAAACAGAGAUGGCGACAAAGAGGCAAAACUUACGGACUGCAGCUUUAAACAUUUACUAAUGUUAUUAAAAUCAAAAGUUGUGUCUUUUAAUAUUAUUUAACUGAUCUGUUUGAGCUGGCAUGACACUAACACUGAACAGUUGAAUUUUUAUUAACUAAUGUAAAUAAAAAUUAAUAAAUACUGUAACAAAUGUA